AUGUCUACGACAACAGAACUUGAAGAUGCUGGUACGGCGGCAAAAUCAAUUGUGCCUGUCGAAGAACUACAAAACUACGGUAUUAAUGCAUCUGACUUGUCAAAAUUGAAAUCCAGUGGGAUAUACACAGUGAAUACUGUGCUUUCUACGACUAGAAGGAACUUAUGUAAGAUCAAGGGACUAAGUGAGGUUAAAGUAGAGAAAAUUAAAGAAGCCGCUAGCAAAAUCAUUUCAGUUGGCUUCAUUUCUGCUACUGUUCAAUUCGAUAUCAGACAAAAAAUAUUUGCCCUAUCUACUGGCUCCAAGCAGUUGGAUUCCAUCUUAGGCGGUGGAAUUAUGACGAUGAGUAUUACAGAAGUCUUUGGAGAGUUUAGAUGUGGUAAGACCCAGAUGUCACACACUCUUUGUGUGACUGCUCAAUUACCCAAAGAGCUGGGUGGCGGGGAAGGUAAAGUAGCAUAUGUUGACACGGAGGGUACUUUUAGACCUGAAAGAAUAAAACAAAUAGCAGAGAGAUAUGACCUCGAUCCUGAGGCUUGUUUAGAUAAUGUUACGUAUGCAAGAGCACUGAAUAGUGAGCACCAAAUGGAAUUAGUGGAACAACUGGGUGGAGAAUUAAGCUCUGGAGAUUAUAGACUUAUUAUUAUAGACUCUAUAAUGGCUAAUUUCAGAGUUGAUUACUGUGGCCGUGGUGAGUUGAAUGAGCGCCAACAAAAGCUGAAUCAGCACCUGUUCAAACUGAAUAGACUAGCCGAGGAAUUCAAUGUUGCAAUUUUCAUGACUAACCAAGUCCAAUCUGAUCCUGGUGCAUCGGCUUUAUUCGCCUCAGCUGAUGGUAGAAAACCAGUAGGUGGUCAUGUUUUGGCUCAUGCGUCAGCAACAAGGAUCUUAUUGAGGAAGGGACGUGGAGAAGAAAGGGUGGCUAAAUUACAAGAUUCUCCAGAUAUGCCAGAAAGGGAGUGUGUAUAUAUUAUCGGCGAAAAUGGUAUCACAGAUUCCAAUGAGUGA